AUGGAUCAAGGGCUGGAUUGGCUCAAAAAGAGUCGCGUCAGGUGGAUUAAAGGGUGUUGUGUGGUUGGGGCCGAAACUGUGCUAUGGGGUGGGGACUGUGGCUUGUGGAAAGAUGGAGGUGCGGAAACUUGUGGAAAGAUGGGGGUGACGGAAGCUUGUGGAAGGAUGGAGGUACUGGAAGCUUGUGGAAAGGUAGAGGUGCCGAAAGCUUGUGGAAGGAUGGAGGUGCCGGAAGCAUGUGGAAUGAUGGAGGUGCCGAAUGUGGCAAUGUCUUGUGUCGGCGUCAAUGGGACGUGCACAGGUGGAGGUGGUCCUAGAGUGGCCACAUGUGCUGGAGAAGGAGAGGCAGAGACCACAUGA